CCGGUUCCUUGCUUAGGCUUGGGCCGGCGGCAACCCCUCCCACCCCCUUCUAGCAUCCCCUUCCUCCUAGUCUCUCCACCCCUUGCUUCUUACCCUCUGUCCUCUUGCUGCGACCCACACAUUUUUUUCCUUUCUUUCUGCGCCCCCAACCCUCCCCUCGCUGCUUUCUCUUUUUCUUUGUUCCUUGGUCUGCCCAGCACCUUCUCCCCUCACUCUUCUGUGCGCAACCUGUUUUCAUGGCUUUGUUGUGAGCCUCCGACCCACUUCCCUGAUUUUAUUGCCAUACAAGGCUUUUCCCUUGUUUGGAGCUUAGAUAUGCGGUUUUGGGUUGUUUUUGUGGUAUUUGACUUACUUUUUCUGGUUUUUUGCUCUUCUUGCCUAGUUGGUGGCUGUCAUGCCUACUGGAGGCUUCGUUUAUUUGGAUUUGUGCAGCUUAUGCUUCCUGGGUGGGGUUGCACAUGGAGUGUUCUCGGCAGUGGCUUCCUGGGCACCCACAGUGAUGGUGUGCAUAUUUGCUAGCAGAAUUUUCUCUAGGUUGUUUGGACUUUUCCGAGGGCUUUGCCCUUGGAACUAUUGUUUUGUCCUCUUUGGGUUUGUGGUGGUGAUGGGGAUGGCAGUGCAGUGAUGUGGGUGGUCUUGGCUUGGCAACCCCUCUACCAUCCAUGUCAUUGCCGCUAUUUCUUGCCAUAACUGUGACCAACACCGAUCAGAAGAAUUUCUGGCAACUCUUGGUGCUAUCAUGUUUUAUGCAGGUUUUUAGAUUGUGGUGGCAUUCCGACGACUUUGGUGGCUCUGGCUAGAUCCUCUUCCGCCCACCCCUUUGAGUUUGUCCCGACUACAGUUGGCCUCGCACACCUCUUGACAUUUUUGCAUGUGCCUCUGCCUCUGCUACCCAUGCCUACUACCAAAUUGCAACCGCAUCUCCAUUAUGGACACUUCACCUUGUUCUUUUGUUCUUUUAAUUUAGUUUUUAUGACUGGUCUGUGUUGCUUCGGCAAGUGGUUUGUGUCAUUUCUGAGAUUUUGUAGCCUCGUUGUCUCGCAAUGGUUUUGGUGAGGGUUUCGAUGCUUUGUAUGACACUUUUUGUCCAUGGGACAUAUCAAUAUCGGGAUUCCUUGUUCUAGUGGUGCGAUUUGAGUGAUGGCCGCAUAGGGGUUUAAAAUCAUUUGUAAUUUGUGCUUAUUACCUCCAGAUUAAGAAAUUGAUCACUAAAGCAUAUGUACCAUUUGACAUCCUUGUAAGUGGUUAGUUAUGGUAAUGAAAAUUAUAUCUUUUUGUUAUAUUAAAAAAAAAAACCCGGGGAGGUGCGAACUGCGAAGUGAGUGCCAAUUGCGACCCGGGUUGUGCCUUUGAAUCUCUCGACCCACCCCGAUCAGACCUCCCUACUCCUGCCUCCUCUCUCUCUCGCUCUCCUCCGCCAAUCUUCGCUGCCUCCGCCCCGAUCUGCCCUUGGUUUCAAAGGUUUUAAUUACCUUCUUUGAAUCAAGAGCCUCUUCCUCUUCAUUUUUUCGUUUUCCGAAUUAGUCCUCGGAAAUGGCAGCAAUUUACAGCCUCUACAUCAUUAACAAAUCAGGCGGCUUGAUCUUCUACAAGGACUAUGGGUCGGCGGGACGAAUGGACACGAAUGAUAGCUUGAGGGUUGCAAGCUUGUGGCACUCAAUGCACGCCAUUUCUCAGCAGCUGUCGCCAGUAUCAGGCUGUUUCGGCAUCGAGCUCCUCCAAGCUGACACUUUCGAUCUUCAUUGCUUUCAAUCACUCACCGGGACAAAGUUCUUUGUUGUGUGUGAGCCUGGGACGCAGCACAUGGAAGGUCUCUUGAAACAUAUCUAUGAGUUGUACACCGAUUACGUCUUGAAGAACCCCUUUUAUGAGAUGGAGAUGCCAAUACGAUGCGAGCUCUUCGAAAUCAACCUAACGCAGGCAAUACAGAAGGAUCGUGUUGCCUUGUUGGCCAGAUGAUCAAUUUACCUUCAUUCAUACAUACGAGAUACAUACGAGAUACUCUCUGUGUACGAAGUCCAUGAAAAAGAUAGUGCGGGGAAGAGUCUCGUUCUAUUAGUCACCCAGUAAUCAAAAUACAGUCACCUACCAUGGGAUUUUCUAUGACGUGUUAUAAUUUGAGAAGACUUGCAAUUAUAGAUCGAAUGUCGUGUGGUUUUACACUUUUAU